CAGACCGACUUGUGCAGCACGAGGUGAAUAAAGCCUACUAGAGACGCCCCCCGCCAUCAGCUGAAAUUACCUUCUUGCCCUCUACUUCUCUUUUCCCUCUUCUUGUCACUGACUGCGACUUUCUCAAAAUCAGAUCUACCCAUUAUUACCGAAGGAUUCAUCGCUUAGCAGGGAUUCAUUCUUUUCCAUUAUUGUCUUGCUGUGGCUGCGCUGCCCCCGACUCCAUAACUGACUGGGCGUUCUUUUACCCCACCUCCAGCCGCCAGAUCGAUCACCGAGUUUCCCGACAGGGCUGAGAGAGAUUGAGAGAGAUUCACUAGCGGAGGGGUGAACCGUUGAAAGACCGUGCUCGCCACGUCCGAAAAUGCCACGAACAGCAUAUUACACCGACUCGGAGGAUGAAUACGUGUUGAUGCCAGUUCGCAGUCAUGCGGAGAGCGAAUACAGAGGACGGCGACGGCCAACACGAGUGGUGGAGAGGGUCGUGGAGCCAGAAGAGGUGGUGAUCAACAAUCAUCUGGUGGUGCCUGGCGGAUCACGCCCUCGUGCGGCCAGUACAGGAGGAGGGCAGGCUCCCAUGACCAUCAAUAUUGCUGCCUCGGAUCGUGGACACAGCAGAAGCCACAGCCGCCAUCGUCGUGAUUACGAAAGUUGUUCCUCCGGCUCGGAUCACUACAGCGCACGGUCCAGGUCGCGACACCGACACCGAGAUCGACGACCGGAAAGCAAAGUGUACGAAGAUGACCUGGCGUAUAGCUUACGUAAAGAGCUGGAUCUGGCACGCCAACGCCGGGACGAGGACAAAUACAACAGGGACCGUGAUGCCGACCGAAAGAGAUGGCAGGCGGAGGAGGAAGACAAGAAGAGAAGGAGGGAGAAAGAGAAAGAGGCCAUCUUGCUUGAGGCGAAGCUAGAAGAGGAGAGGAAGAAAAAGGCCGCAGAAGAGCUGAGGCAGAAGAUCCUCAAGGACGAAGAGGAGAAGCAAAGAAAGGAAAAGGAGAAGAAGGCCGAGGAGGAAGAAUUCGAGAGGAAAGUGAAGGAGAAGUUUAUGAAUGCCGGCUACAGUCCCGAGUAUAUUGAGGAGAUCUUGCACAAGAAGAAGCAGGAAAAAGCCAACGCGGCGCUCGCUAUUGAUCUUCACCGCCCGACGUACAUCAAGGUCAAUCGAAAGUAUCUACAUCCAGACACGUUGGAUUAUUACGGGUUGCCUUGGGAAUGGGAUUCGGUGAGUCGUUCUCUUCUUUUCCCGCUCUUCCAUUCAAAUGGUUCCUGUUGUUUGUCGAAGGCGGGAAAGUGCCGAAAAGUUGUACAAUAAUAUGGCGUUUGUGUGAACUGCUGAUGGUUACACCGUCAGACGGGCGCCGGACUUGCCUGUACCAUCGUGAAUCAAGCAGGAAGCCUGUGGGGAUCUUUAAGUUGGUCGGGUGGUUGGUGUUGAUGUGCAAACGAGCAAUGUGCUAACCAGGCCGGCGUUUUUUUUACUCUUUAGCGUGACACGGAAUACAUCAUCAUCAAAAAGUACAUCGACAACACCUUCCAGGACGAACUGUUUGAACACACACGGCGAUUGAAGGAACGAAAACUGAUCACGGGUCCGUACGUCAAGGAGACCAAGACCAUCACGACUCUGACACCCAACGACCACUCGUAUGUCAAGAAGGGUGACAAGAUGUACGUUGUGCGCGAGAAGAGUAAGAGUCCCAGUCGAAGUCGGCGAAGUAGUUGGAUGUUCACUUGAGCUGUGUGAACCACUGACGUGAAGGAUGAUAAUGGAAUGCACUGGACCGGGGAGGUCUGGAUAGUUGAUGGUAUGAGGCAUCAAUGGGUGGCAUAAAGCCACGGAUGCAAUCUCCAACUCACUCAAGUCCCUGUAACGAUUUUUACGACCUCAGGUUUUUUUUUUCUUUAGGUACAUUGGGUUUGGUUUUGGUUUGAUAUGAUUUGCACGCCAAGAGUGAUUGAUGAUGGUGGCCUUUUUUUGGCAAGGGAUUAGAUGCAUGGCGUGUGCUUGAAUCUAUCUUUUACGCUAGUGCAUAUGUAUGUACUC